AUGCUUCGCCUUUCCAACGAUAUGGAGCGAACGCUCAGAGCCUCCAGCCUAUGGAUCACUCUCACGGAGUUCGCCAACCUGCCAUCACCCCCAUUCAAUCAGACGGAGCUUGUCUUUCCCAAUUCUACGAUCAGACAGACCCUCCGCAUGACGAUCGGCGCAGAGCAGAUCCGUGUCCGCUUGAGCAACGCCUUCGGCCUGAACGACCUCCCGAUCACCGCCGCUACCAUUGCGCUUCCUCGUGCAGAGGCCGGACAGAACCUUACCGGCGCCAGCGGCAUCAAAACCCAGACGCUCCAGACUCUAACCUGGAGCGGCAACUCCUCCAUCACCAUCCCGAAUGGCGCCCUUGCCGUCUCCGACCCUGUCAACUUCCCCAUUAACCCCGGCCAGGUCAUCUCUAUCUCCCUCUAUCUUGCCACCGGCCAGCAGAGCAACUACAUCACCUCCCACCCGGGAUCCCGCCUCAACAUCUGGUACUCGUCCGGCGACUACACCACUGACCCAAACAUGACCGACCCCUCCACCCUCACCACGCAACACUGGUACUUCCUCUCCGCCGUCGAAGCCUGGGAGCCCCCAUCCUACCGCGGCUUCGUCGUCCUCGGCGACUCCAUCACCGACGGCCGCAGCAGCUACAUCAACACCAACACCCAGUGGCCUAACCUCUUGUUCAACCGCCUGCAACGCCAAUCCUCCACUUCCCUCCAACAAAUCUCCGUCCUCAACCAAGCAGCCGGCGGCAACCGCGUGCUUUACGACGGAUUAGGCCCUAAUACCGUUUCGCGGGUUGAUCGCGACGUUCUCGCACAGUCCGGGAUCAAAUACGCCAUGAUCUUCGAAGGCGUCAACGAUAUCGGCGUAGCCGACACUACUGAGGCGAACCAAACUUACACCGGGGAUAGGCUGAUCCAAGCGUACAAGCAAAUCAUCACGCGCGUGCACACGGCGGGGAUCCCGAUGUUCGGAGCCACAAUCACGCCGUUCGGGUGCUACAACUCCAGUCUUCAAUCCUACAGCGUGCCGAUACGGGAGGAGACGCGGCUGAGGGUGAACGACUGGAUUCGCAACAGUGGAUGGUUCGACGCCGUGGUGGAUUUCGAUCAGAUCGUCAGGGAUCCGAACAAUGCGACGCAGUUGGCGCCGUAUUAUGAUUCGGGUGACUGUCUGCACCCGAAUCCGGCGGGGUAUCAUGAGAUGGCUGCGAAGUUCCCGGUUGAUAUAUUGAAUCAGUUUGCGGGGGGAGUGGGAGGGUUUAUGUAG